AUGCAGCUUAAACUUUCGAAUUUUCUGUUCCAGUAUCGCACGACACCUCAUGCAACGACCGAGAAGACGCCUGCUGAACUCUUCUUGGGACGGCUGCCCCGGACCCGUAUCUCUCUACUGAAGCCUGGCUACGACCAUGCACGUCGUGCAAAGCAAAAGCGGAUGAAAAUGUACGCAGAUAAACGACGAUCUUGCUCACGAACAUUCCAGGUUGGAAGUCUCAUCUGGGUUAAGAAUGUCAGGGGAGAGGAUGUUAAUUGGUCACCAGGAAAAGUGAUCAAAGUGAUCAGUGAGGUAACUUUCUUGGUACGUGUUCUCGGAAAGGUUCGCUUCGUGCACAGUGACCAUCUCAGGUCAAGGACUGGAGCUGUUGCAGGUUCGGACGACAGUUCCCAGCAGCAAUCGGCGGAAACUUCAGAACCUUCCGACAACGAAUACUUUGACGUGCCAAAGACUUCGCCAAUUUGA